AAAUAUCCUGAACAGAGAACAAGAUAUUAAAAAAGUGUUGUCUGUAAGACUGAAGAAAAAUCAUGUACAUUUGUAGGUUUGUUGAAAUAGAUGCAUUAAAAAUGGAUCUAAAUGCACAUUUGCUGAUCCCUUCACCAGCCACCAGGUUAUGCUGUUCAGUCAUUUAAAGUUGUUUUCUAGGCUGUUGAAGUAAAAUGUCAGCUACUUGGAAAAAAAACUGUCUCAUUUUGGAAGACAGCAGAGCACAAAGACGAGCAGUGCAGGCCAUAUGACAACACAAGCUGCUCAGAUCAUUACGGCAUGUAGCAUUAGCUUUUGAGGGAGAAUUAAUUACAAAAAUGCAAUAAAACUAGCAAAGUGCAAUGUUGCUACAACCUCAACCUUUUAUGAAACUAAACACUUGUAACACAGGGAAAUAAUCCUGCAAUUUUCAAUGUUGCUGUUUUCCAGUCAUUUGGUUUUGUCACUGAUAUUUGCAUAAGAGUUAGACACAAUGGAACACCUUUACUCCACUUUGUACUUUCUUAUCACCUUUAAGAGCAUGAAAUUGCAGUACAAAGGUCCUGCUCAGACUGGACCUUGGACAGACUAGCACAUGUUCUGCUCUCUGCCAAAGGAGAAAGACCAAAAACAAAUUACGCUGACUGCCAAAAAAGAAUAAAAAUGAAUUGGUCCUGGGUCUGGAUCAUGCUCUGCUUCCUCUGUCCAACUGUGGUUUAUGGUGGGAAAGUACUUGUUUUUCCAGCGGACGGGAGCCACUGGGUGAACAUGAAAGUCAUCAUAGAGGAACUACACUCAAGGGGCCACCAGGUUUCUGUUGUGCGAUCAUCAGACAGCUGGUACAUCAAGGAAACCUCGCUGUUCUAUACCUCAGUUACACUCGAUAUUGAGUCUGGAUUUGAUGAGGACUUUAUGACUAAGUUUGUGGCCCGGUUGUUGGAAAUCCAGAGGGAAGGGAAGUCUGCCUGGACACGUUUUAAACUGGAAAUAGAACAAUCACAAAAGGCCUCUGAGAUGUAUGAGAAAACAUGCAAAAUGCUUGAACUGCUUUUUGAAAGCAAAGAUCUGAUACAGUCAUUAAAAGAGGCCAAAUAUGACCUUGUCCUCACAGAUCCUGCUAUACCAGGGGGUGUUAUACUUGCCCACUAUCUCAAGUUACCUCUUGUGUUCAAUGUCAGAUGGACUAGUCACUGCGAAGGCCAUUUUUCAAUUGCACCUUCUCCUCUUUCUUAUGUUCCCAUGACAGGGACUGAGCUAUCAGAUAAAAUGAGCUUUCUCGAGAGAAUUUUUAACACCAUCAUUUUUGUUUUUACAGAAUAUCAAAUUGUGCAUUAUGUCUUACCAAAUUAUGCUGGCUUACUUGAAAAAUAUUUAGGUCCAGAUGCAGACUACCGCUCCCUGUUUCAAGCAGCAGACCUGUGGCUGAUGAGAGUGGACUUUGUGUUUGAGUUCCCUCGUCCCACCAUGCCUAAUGUUGUCUAUAUGGGAGGGUUCCAGUGUAAACCCGCAAAACCUUUGCCUCAACACCUGGAGGAGUUUGUGCAGAGCUCUGGAGAACACGGAGUCAUCAUCAUGUCUCUGGGGACUUUGAUCGGAGAGCUUCCCCAUGACUUAGCCAAUGAAAUUGCUGCAGCUUUCGCUAAAUUACCUCAGAAGGUCAUCUGGAGGUAUAAAGGUGACAGACCGGCCACUGUGGGCAACAACACUUUACUGGUUGACUGGAUGCCACAGAAUGACCUCCUAGGACAUCCUAAGAUAAAACUAUUUGUGGCUCAUGGAGGAACAAAUGGAGUUCAAGAGGCUAUCUACCAUGGAGUUCCUAUACUAGGACUUCCUUUGAUUUUUGAUCAACGUGAUAAUAUAUUUAGAAUUGAAGUAAGAGGAGCAGGGAAGAUACUUGACAUUUUUACUGUGAAUGAAGACAUCUUCUUUCAGGGUGUUCAGGAAGUCCUGACUGAGCCCUCCUACAGGAUGAACAUGCAGAGACUCUCCAGGCUGCACAGAGAUCAGCCAAUGAAACCGCUAGACACCGCCCUCUUCUGGAUAGAGUUUGUCAUGAGACACAAAGGUGCAGCUCACCUGAGAACAGAGUCCUACAGACUGCCCUGGUACUCCUAUCACUCUGUAGAUGUGAUGCUACUCUUAGCUGGACUUGUGUUGAUCAUUCUGGUCACCUUUGUUGCCUUAAUAAGGUGUUUAUGCUGUAAACUCUGUAUGAGAACAAAAAGGAAAUGUGAUUAAAAAUAUUUUAAGUGGCAACCAAGCUGAAAUUUAAACCACAAAUGCUUAUUUCAUGUCCUUUAAAUAUGUGAAAUGUGAAAUUGGUAGCUUAGGGAUUUGAUGGAGAAAAUAGAAAUAUAUUUCAAAUAAGUUGCAAGAGUUAUACGUUGGUCUGAUUCUAGUAAAAAAAAAAGGACAAUAUAUCCAAAUCAUUCAUUGUUUUAGAUUAUUUAUUUUAUCCACAAGGAAAAAGACAUAUGUUUAAGGCUGAUUAUAUUUGACUCACUAUAUUCUCAGAGAAGUUUUAUUUUACAUACCCAGUACUCUGGGUAACCUUUAACAUGUAAUGUACAUGUACAUGUAGUACAUUUUUUAAAAUUCUAUUCACAUCCACAUUCAAAACACUUUGAAUAUGUGACCCCUUGAUAUCUGUAACUUCAGAUCAGCAUCCAAAUGUUGAGAUUUUUAACCACUGGUAUAGCAGGUAACAAAAUGUACAGUUGCAUUGCUGAUUUAGCAGGAACAAAAUAAAAGCCUUUCUUAAAAUUUCAAAAUAAGUUGCUUGUUUGCUUCUUGCUUGUUCGUGAGCUUGUCCUAUUUCAUUAACACAGUUCAAAGCACCUUUGCAUAUAUAAAAACUUUUCAAAUUCACUCUUAAGCUCUGGCACAAUAUAGUUUUCAUUUUUGUUUUUAAAUAACUACAUUCUUUCCUCAGCAUUGCACAGUAUCAACGAUUCAGGUUCUUAUCUCCUCUAAGCCGAGUGUAACCUAGCAUGGAUUUAAACACAUCCAAUUUCACACACAAAGAUUAGAAUGACACGCCAAGGUUAUACUGGGCCAUUAUAAAACAUGGCUAUAUAUAAGCCUUGAUGUGUGUCUUUUACCUGUAGGGUUUUGCUUUCUGGACUCUUUUUUGAAAUCCCAACUAUUUUAUGCACAUAAAUAUAUUUAACACAUAAAAUUACAUUAAUUUCAAUGUUAAGGAGAAGGUGGAGAUUUCAUUCUAGAUGAAAAACAAAUUGAAAUGUUUGAUCAACAUAAAUAUUACAGUGCCUCAGAUGAUGAAUACUGAAAUUCUAUAAUUCUUUUUUUCCACAACGACACAAAAUGUUCAAGUGGUUUUGAAUACUCUUAACUAAUUUAGUAAAUAGUCUCAUUUCUCCUGGCUUUGGUCUGGAAUGGUAUUAACACUACUGAAAAAAAUGUAAAAUUUAUUUCUCAUGCCUCUUCGACAGUCCUCUCAUGACGAUUGAUAUUACUGCAAGAACUAUCUUGAUUUUAAUGGAUGAAAAACAAUUGGGUAAUGAUUUUUGCACACGUUCACAGGCGGGAUAUUUACUGCAACAUUUCACAAAAGCAUAAAAAAUAGAACACAUUUAGAGUCAACUUCAUCUAUAGAGUAGAGGACAGUAAGGAAGCUGAUCUUUACCUAACCACUAUGGAUUGUGGGUAUAUUAUUACCUCAUUAUGCAUCUUUAAUAUAUUACAUCUGAGAAAAAGCAGCAAUCUUAGUGGGGUCAGACAGAAGUUGCCAUUGUGCUUAAGUCUCCCUGUCCCAUAGUCCCUGAAGCUGUCCCUUAAUACAUGGACAUGGAUAUGUCUCUGGAGACUUUAGUAGGUGAAAUUUACUAUUACCAUAAAAGUGAGAUAGCUGAAGCAUUUGCCAAAUUCCAAAUGUAAUGAGAGUGAUAGACAAGCUACUCUGGGCAAGAACAAUUUACCAUCAAGGUCAUAAAAAAAUAGAAAAGUUAAUUUCUCACGAAAGGAAAGAAAGUAGUUUCAUAGUCUGUUGAGUCCCAGUUGUGGAUGUACAUUUGUUUGCUGAUGAAUAUGACACCCUGCUGUGUCUAAAAGUGUGCGGAGUGGAGAGGAUAAAGACAACAACUUCCUCAGGGCCAUACAGGAAGUAUUGAAUAAGCCCUCCCACAGGAUGAACAUGCAGGGUCUGCCCCAAUUUCUACACUUAAUGGGCUUAACCGGGCAAUGUUGUAAAUAACAAGGAAUACAAGUCGGAACUAAACUACUGCUGUAAGCGUCGGCUUUGGCUGACCUGCAGAGAAUGUCCAGGCUGCAGAGACCAGCCAAUAAAUCCACAAGAGACUGUGGACAGGGGACAUCCUCAGACACAAAGGUGCUGCUCACCUGAGAAAACCACAGACGUCUUCCUCUGUAUCAUACUUUUUGAAACAUAAGUUUAUUCUACUGACUUCUUUUUUUUUUAGCAAAGGGCUGUGUUAAGGUAUUGAAUCUGGCAUUUACUAUAAGCGCACUAAAGGUAGAAAGGAUAUUCCCAAUGUUACCAUAGUUUGCUGUGAAUGUCAAAACAGCAAAAUUGAAAUGAUUAUGUUUUGUUCAAUAGUGUAUUGGUAAUUGCAAAAUUCACUUGCUAGAGGGAUGUUACAGUAAAACCUAGUUUCACAUCUGAUUUAAUCUCACUGAAAUUCCCAAGACUGUAGAUUUGUAAGCAUUGUGGAAACUAACAUGCUAUUAUGACAUGACUGUACAAAAUCCCUGAGGGUUGUUACUUAAAUAAAUAAAUUCUUUUAUUACAAAACAAUUUAAAAAAAAACAUGCUGCAAAUAUUGUAAUAGAUUUUGUGUCUACAUCCUACUUUUGUCUUGUUGCAGCCAUGAUACAAAACAUAUACAUGGUUUUACAUCUCUAGCUGUCACACAGGUAAAUCAUUAGGAAUAUCAAUUCAGUCUGAAUCAUCACUGUUAGGUAGGAUUAGACACGAUGGGGGGUCUGACCCUACACAUGUCUGGAAUCAUUUGCUACCCACAAGAAAAAACAAAAAAUAUUUAAAGUGAAAUUUCACUUUUUCAUUUUUGGCACGCACACCUCAGACAACAGUACAAAUCAACUAAUAUUAGUCAAAUCAAUAUUAGCUGCCUGGUGGAUUCCACUUGUCUCAAUAUAUAUAACUAAAACAAAAGGCAUGAAACAAUUUCCAGGUUAAAAAAAAGAAAUUCAAUUUUCAAAGGAUAAAAAGUUGAAAAUAAGGGAGUAGUAUUGAUUGAGUAUCUCAGAGCUACUGAUGAUUCAUCUCCACUAAAUAUUCAUAAAAUGUGGCAAUCACUUUUACUGAAGUUAGCAUGCUAGCCAGCUAGUCUCGGCCCAGUCAGACUGUCUUGUCACUUUCCAAUACCAAGUCACUGUAGCUCCCAGGCUUCCCUGAAGAAGUAGCACUGCUCAGAGUGUAUUAUAAUCUAUUGUCUUGUGAAAGUAAGUAUGGCUGAAACUCUUGCCAAGACUGGUAAGUGAACCGCUGUUAAUGCUAACGCUGGCUAUGCAGCAAUAGCAAACAUACAAAAUAACUCCUUUAAAAGAAUAGUAAUUUUGGGAGAUUCCCUUAUUCACCUUCUUGCUGUGAGUUUGAUGAGAAGAUCAAUACCACUGUCAUGUCUGUAUGCUAAAUAUGAAGCUGGAAUCAGCAGCCUGAUAGCUUAGCUCUGCAUAAAGACUGGAAAAAGAAGAAAACCAUUUAAGGGGGAUUAUACACAACGCUAUUUCAGUCGAGGAAUAGUCCAGCACAUAACUCCCAUAAUAUGCAGAAUUAUCAUUUUUACACUUGGGUGUUUGCAUAGAUCAAAAAACACGAAACACAACAAAUGAAUCAGUGACCUUAAGAGGUGCUGUAAGAUGAAUUCUGUUACUUUUCAACACAGCCAGGCUAGAUGUUUCCAACUAUUUCCACUUUUUAUGCUAAGCUAAGCUAACUGCUGGCAUUAGCUUCAUAUUUACUGGACGUGAGAGUAACAUCAGUGUAUUUCCCAUUUGACACUAUUCCUUUAAGACAGAUAAAACCUAAUAACUUGUUGCACUGAAGCGUCAGACGAGCACAGGUACAGCACCGGGUACAUACAGAGAAAAUAACAGAAUCACUGUUUUCAGUUAGAUCUGUAUUUACGCAGCCUAAUACCAGCAUCAUUGACCAUCACUGUCCAAUUUUUAUAGGGGAAAAUACUUUUAAACUACACUUAAUGACAAUAGUCAUGAAAAGUCAUAGUUAAGUCUUUUCAGGGUAUUUACAAAGUGUCCAUGCCAGCAGGGCAGGUGUGGUGGGCGGUGUAAGUCCUCUCAUGAUGGCCUGGUCCGUAGAGAGCUCAUCCUGAGCACAGUGAGCUCAGCUACAUCUGCAUCCUGCAUCUCCACCUCUUGCUGGCAGCUUUCUCUGAUUACAUACACUACGAGACCCACACAGAUGAAAAUGAGGAGGACUAUGCCUAUAACCUG